CUCCCCUCGCCGUCAAAACGAGCAAAAUCCAGCCCGAGUGGAGGAAUUGUCAACAAAUGAGCUCCUAUUUUGUGAACUCAUUCUGCGGUCGCUAUCCCAAUGGCGCGGACUUCCAGUUACAUAAUUAUGGGGAACACAGUUCGGCGGACGAGCAAUACCGAGACUCCAACGCCAUGCACUCCGGCAGGUACGGUUAUGGCUACAACGGGAUGGACCUGAGCGUCGGCCGGCCCGCCGCCACAGGACACUUUGUACAGCAACAGCAGCAGGGCGGCGAGCGGACGGCCGCCUUCUCCCCGACCCACUCAGCGGCCGACCCCGGCAGGUACACGCCGUCCGCCGGCGCCAACUCGGCCAACUCAGCCGCGGCGGAACAACCAGUCCCGUGCGGCUCCACUUCCUCCCCCGGCGAGUCUCGUAGCCAGCACCGAGCCGCCAAAAACUCCCUGCCCAGUCCGUGCUCCGGCUCCAGCUCCAGCGGGGGCACACUGCUGCACAACCGAGACUGUGCGCCCAAGGGCACCCCCCUGGACGAGGAAAAGCCCACGGGGAGUGCACCCGGAACGCCACAGAACGACCCGGCCCAGCCUCAGAUAUAUCCGUGGAUGAGGAAACUACACAUAAGUCACGAUUUGUCCGGUCCGGAGGGCAAGCGUGCCCGGACCGCCUACACCCGCUACCAGACGCUGGAGCUGGAGAAGGAGUUCCACUUCAACCGCUACCUGACCCGGCGGCGGAGGAUCGAGAUCGCGCACGCCUUGUGCCUCUCUGAGAGACAGAUCAAAAUUUGGUUCCAGAACCGCCGGAUGAAGUGGAAGAAGGACAACAAGCUGAAGAGCAUGAGCAUGGCUGCGGGCGCGGGGGGCUACAGGCCUUGAUUGGGACCCCCACCCACUCGCCCCCCACUCCUGUCACCCGAAAAUCAAAGUUGCAGAGACUAAACUCCACUAUAUCUCCUAUUCUUUUCAUUUAGUGGUCAAAUAAAUGUACAGUUCUGUCUAGAUUUAGAAAAAAAAAAACGAAUAAAUGUUGGUUUAAAUUAUUUCUCGUGGAGAAAAAGAAGGGCAAAAAUGCUACCUAAUGAAAAACCAUGCAGCGAAUGCACUCAAUGUACACUCACUUGUUCCAUUUUGUGUAUACCUCCAGUAUGUUGUGUAUUGUAUUUAUUUGUGCGUUGUGCUAAAUUGAGAGAGAAAAAUGAACUCCAAAGUGAUUUUCGUCAAGUGGACAAUUGUAUUUUACAUU